UUUGAGGCUAAGGCAGUGUGUACUAUCACUUGCCGGUUCUGUGAGAGCGAGCUGUCCGACAGAGGAAUGCGAGCCAUUCUAUUGGGCGAUACCAAUGUGGAGUUGUACUCAACCGAUCUACCUCCCACUGACACGUUGGGUUUGGUCGGGGAGGACUACACUACCAAGAACUGUGCCUGUCAGAUUAAGGAUAGUGCCUGUUUAACGUG